AUGUCCCAUUCCAAUAGGGAAGAUAUCCGUGGACAGCUUUCAGAUAUCCAGCGGAAGCUUUUUGGAGCCAGCAAGGAUCGAGCACAAAAAUCCAUAGUUCCGCCUGAAGGCUCACGUCCCGCUCGCAACCCUGCGUCGGUGUCAGGGCCAGGUCUGAGCUCUGCGGCCGGAGGUUCGCUUCUGAAGAAACCGGUAGCAACUUCCAACUAUUCCAACCGCAAUACAUUGAUACCACAGGCUCCGCCUGCGUUGGGCCCCGAGCUGAAAGGCGGUGACAUGAACUUCAUGGUUGAUUUGAGUGAGAAUUUGCUUUUCGAGUGUAGAAGAUGGCGUGCCGACAACGCUAAAUUGAAAGCCAAGUUGAAGAGUCUGUAUGAUGAGAUUGCUCAGUACAAGAGCGAGAUCGUGGCCUUGACAAACUCCCAGACGUUCGCUCUGAGUCAUGAGACAACUUUAAAGGACAAAAACUGGGAAUUGGAGACAAACGUUACCGUGUUGAACGAACAGUUGGAGUCUCUUCGUUUGGCCAAUGAGAAAUUGGUCAAGUCUCACAACGAGUCCACGCUUCGCAUCUCUGCUCUCCAGCGUGAGAACGACGAGAUGCUGUUGAAAAACUCCGAAUUGGCCACGGACUUGCACCACGUUCAGGAUCAAUACAAUCGGGAGGUGACCGACUUUAAUUCCCGAAUUGAAGGUCUCAACGACGAGAACGAUACAUUGCACCAGCAGCUUUCUGAAUUGAAGGCUGCAGCCGGGAAUGAAGCCAGGAAACUGGCUUCAGAUGACGACUUCGUUGAAGUAAACCCAACUGCUGAAGAUACCACUGAUGAGCCUUUGGACUUGGAUAGUAUCCUCCAGGAUACAUCUGAUAUCGCACAACCAUCUGAGAUCGACCCCAACAAUUCAGACUUGAUGGUGGAAACACUCAAGGCCAACUUGGACCACUCUAACAGAACCAUUGCCAAGCUCAGAGCAGCUCUCGUGAAAUUGAAGUUUGACAGUCCAUACAAGGACAGUAACAAAACACCAAAGACGAAAAACUUAAAAUACAAGGAGUUUAUUGCUCCCGCAGCAGAAAGAUCUAUUUCUUAUCUUUCACCAGCCAAGAGAAAUUCCAAAUUCAUCAUAUUGGAUCACGCAGAUCCGGAAGACCUGAACGAAAAUGACCUGAAUGAUAAAUCUCCUUCAUCCGCCAAAUGGCCGCAGGAAGAAAACUGGGAGGACUUCAUUGGCGAUGACAUCGACGCCACUCCUUCCAAGCCUUCGCGUCGUAUCAUAGAUGAUGAUGAUGAUGACGGAAAGAAGAGUUUGUCCCUGGAGAGUUCUGUCGAGAAGAAUACCACACAUACCUCGUACUUGCCAGAUUCAGACUAUUCUGACGAAGAAGUCGAUUCUGCUGUCAGAAACAAAAGACGUGUGCUCUCGCAGGAGCUAUCCAAGGCUGCUGGUGCUAUCACAGAACAGCAGGUCAGAGAGUUUGCAGAGGAAAACAACCUAGUGUUGCUUUCGCUGGAAACGUACUCCAAACUUGAAUAUAAUGACGUUGAGGAGAUUCCGCUUGAUAGACUUAUCAAUGUGGUUGAAAACAAGGGCUUUGUAUUGCUCAGUAAGCUGGAGCACAGCGAUCUCAUUGAUGAGAAGAGCAUGCAGCAGAGAUUGGAGGCUCAUGGUAUGGUGACGAUACCAUCAGAGGAGUAUUCCACUAUUCAAAAGAAUUCUGAGAAGUACGAGCAUCCAGACUUCUCUUAUCUUUCUGAGAAGUUGAAGGCAUCUGGGCACGAACCUGUAGAAGCGAGCUAUUUGGCAUCCCUCAAGGAAAAUGAGGCGAAGUACCAGUCUCCCUCUGAAUCCUACUUACGCACGAAGUGUUUGGCUGCCAAAUUACAUCCACUCUCUGAAGACGAAUACUCUCAUCUCAAAUCGGUUGAAACUGACUAUGAUAGGCCCUCCAAGGAUUACCUUACUACCAAGGCAAACGAGAUGGGAUUGAUUGUUUCUUCAUCUAAAUUUUAUGACGAGUUGGUCAAAAGGGCCGAUAACCCAUCCAAGGAUGAUUUGACAAAUAAGGCAACUGCAAUGGGCUUCACAAUGAUUACCAAGGACGAGUAUUCGGACUUAUCCACUCCAUCCAUCGAGUCGUUGUUCAAGCAAGCCAAAUCUUUCAAUCACACGGUGUUGCCUCUGCUGGAGCAUGAGACAUUGCGGACUUUGGCUCAUGAGCCUCCUCUUGAGCAUUUGAUGACUAAAUCGGCAAGCCAUAAUCAUGUCAUGGUCUCACAAGACGAUUUCAACAAGUUGGCCGAUGACUCUUUGGACGCCGUAAAGAAGAAAGCAGCGGAGUUGGGUUGCACCUUGUUGAGUAUCGAAGACUUUGAUUCUUUACAUAAAUUAGCUUACUCUCCAACAAUUGAGCAAUUGAAGGAAAGAGCAAAGGGUUACACAGUUCUUCUGGGAGAGGAAUAUGAUAAACUCAGAAAAGCGGCGAAUGCUCCAAGUCUUGCUGAUAUUCAGAAGCAUGCAGAGAAUAAUGAUCUCGUCACCCUUUCCACUUCGGAGUACACAGAGCUAUUCAACCAGGCCAACGAGCCAACCGUCGAGCACAUCAACGCCAAGGCUGGUGAAAGGUCGCUUGAAGUUAUCAAGUCUUCCGAGCUUGAGAGACUUAGAAAGAACGCCGAAAAUCCAGACCUUGACCAUCUCACCCAAAGGGCUUAUGCAAUGGGACACUCGAUAGUGGAACUGGACAAACUUGAAGAAUUGGAGAAAACCGUCAAGACUCCAACUCUCGAACACAUGACUUCGAAGGCUAAGCAAUUGCAAAUGCGUCUUGUUCCUGUUGAUGAAUACGAUGCUCUUUUACACGAGAAAGAGCUGCCCUCUCUUGAUUACUUGAAAUCAAAAGCAGAUGGCCACGAGCAUGAUAUUAUAUCCAAAGAAAAAUUGAAUCAGUUGCACAAUCCAACAGUUCAUGAAUUGCAGCUGCUUGCUGAGAAGUUAAAUCAGUCUAUUAUUGAAACUACGGAACUUGAGAAACUUCAGAAAUCGGUUAACGAUCCAACCUUGGAUGAUUUGAGAGGAAAGGCUGAAAAGCUAGACUAUACACUUGUGGAACAAGCUGUAUUCGACAAACUUCAAGUAAUGGCGAACGAACCCUCUGUUGCGCACCUAAGAAGCAUUGCAUCCAAACUGGGAUAUGCCGUUGUUGAAGAGAAUGAGUUGUCGAAAUUAAAAGAACUCGCGCACGAGCCACCUCACGAACACAUUGUGUCCCGUGCAGAGGCUGUAGGCUUGAAAGUCAUUCCUACUGACGAGCACGACAAAUUGGUCCUUUUAGCAGAAUCACCAGAUAUUUCACACCUUUCCAAUAUGGCAGGGAAGCAUGAUCAUGUUGUUAUCGGCAAACUGGAUUACGACAAUCUCAAGAGUAUUGUCGAUGAACCGUCGAUCGAUCACCUAAUGAAUAAGGCAGAAUCUCAAGGGCGCAUACUUGUCAAGAAGGAAGACUUUGAGCAUCCAUCUCGUGAGUAUUUGGAGGAAAAAGCAAAGAACAAAAACUUAGUAUUGCUUUCUACAGAAGAUCAUGACAACAUGAGGCUGCAACUUGAGCAGCCUACUCGUGACUAUUUGGAGAAAAAGUCGAAGAAUAUGAACAUCGUAUUACUUGAUUCUGACAAGCACGAGAAUUUGCAGAGACAAGUUGAGCUGCCAUCUCGUGAGUACUUACAAGACAAGGCCAAGCUUCACAAUUUGGUUGUUAUGCAUUCUGAUGAUCAUGAAUCCUUGAAGAAGCAAAUUGAGCAACCGUCGCGUGACUUCUUGGAUGAAAAAGCAAAAUCACAAGGCUUGGUUCUCGUCUCGGCUGAUCACCAUGAUGAAAUGAAGAAACAAUCUGAAAAUCCAUCUCGGGAGCAUUUGGAAGACAAGGCGAGGUCUCAGAAUUUAGUCGUCAUCUCAUCUGAAGUUCAUGACACGUUGAAAAAGCAGGCUGAAGACCCAUCUCGUGAGCAUUUGGAGGACAAGGCGAGAUCCCAGAAUUUAGUCGUCAUCUCAUCUGAAGUUCAUGACACGUUGAAAAAGCAGGCUGAAGACCCAUCUCGUGACCAUAUAGAGGCAAAGGCAAAAGCACAGAAUUUGAUCGUCCUUUCUUCCGAUGAUCAUGAUUCUUUGAAGAAGCAAGUGGAUUUUCCAUCUCGUGAAUACUUGCAUGAUAAGGCGAAGGCUCAGAAUUUAGUUGUUCUCACUUCCGAUGAUCACGAGGCUAUGAAGAAGCAGUUGGAACAUCCAAAUCGCGAAUACUUGGAGGAUAAGGCUAAGGACAACAAUUUGGUUGUUGUUGAUUCUGAAAGAUAUGAUACCUUGUCCAAGAGCUUCGAGCAGCCUUCCAAGGACUUCAUUAAAGAAAAGGCAUCUGUGCAUGGCUUGGUUCCUUUACCAAUUGAGGAGCAUGAAAAGUUGGUUCAGACGUUUGAAAACCCAUCAACGGAACAUAUUCAGAAGUCUGCUGGAGCUAAGGGUUUGACUGUGAUUCCACAUACCGAGUACGAGAAGUUGAAACGUGAGGCCAGAGAUCCGACCCAAGAAAGCGUUAUCGCCAAAGCCCUUGGUCUUGGACUUACUGCUGUCGCUACCGCUGAAUUUGCCACAAUGAAGAGAAUGACCACCAAUCCUACAAUUCCGGAACUCACACUGGUUGCUCUAAAGUCAAAUCACCAUGUAAUUCCAGUUCCCGAGUACGAAUCGUUGAAGAAGCUUGCCUAUAGUCCUUCUGUUGAGCAGAUACAAAAACAUGGUGAAAAGCAUCAACAUGUUGUGGUACCAAAGAAAGAGAUCGAGGAGCUCGAAGGUCUCGCUUACAAGCCUUCAAUCGAGCAUAUCCAAAGUAAGGCUAAGGACCUCGACAGCGUUGUUGUGCCUAAGAGCGAUUACGAAUCAACUACCCUACUCGCUCAACGGCCAUCGAUAGACCAUAUCAAGGAGAAAGCAGAGAAUUUGGGAUACGAGAUUUUGCCAAAACAGGACUUGGUCGACUUGCAAUCGCUUGCACAAACACCACCGGUAGACCAUAUUGUGUCGAUAGCUUCAAAGCAGCAUGACCACGCUGUCAUUCCUAACUCUGAAUUGGCUAAUUUGAAACUGUUAGCGCAUGAACCUUCGGUGAAUCACUUGCAGAAGGUUGCCGUUAAACAUGGCCAUGUGGUUGUGCCUGCGGUUGACUUUGAUAAUCUCAAGAAGACUGCGGAGUCACCUGGAAUUGAGCAUCUCCAACAGAGGGCCAUCGCUCAAGACCACUUGGUUAUUUCCAAAUCAAAGCAUGAGAAAUUGUCCGAACUUGCAUAUUCCCCGGAUGUAACUCAUAUCCAGUCGGUAGCAAAGGAACGCAAUCUUACUACUUUGAGCGAGGAUCAACAUGACCAGCUUGUAAAGUUGGCGCAUAACCCAGAGGUUGAACAUGUCAAGACACAUGCUGAGAGGUUGGGAUUGGAAGCUGUGGAUAAAGACGAGUUGCUCAAGAUGAAGAGAACUAUCGAGGAUCCAACUUUGGAUUACCUCACGCAUCAUGUGGCCUCGCAUGGAUACAUUGCAGUUCCAAGCAAGGAAUUCGAAACCCAUCUCGAACAUGAAAAGAGAGCUAAAAACAUGAAACUCGUUCCAAACGAAGAAUAUGACAGAUUGAACGGUAUUUGCACUGAUCCUCUGCUCGACUUCUUGAAAGAGAAAGCACAGAAAUAUGAUUCAUCUAUUAUUGAGAACUCCAAGCUUGAGAAGUUAAGAAGCAUUUCCAGUGAUCCAAGUCUAGACUUCUUAAGUGAGCAUGCUGAAGCCAGCGGUUACAGGUUGGUGAAGCACACGGAUUAUGAUGAUUUGAAAACAUCUGUUGAGCAUCCUUCGAAAGAAUACUUGGAUAAUCAGGCUUCGCUGCUAGGCUUGAAGUUGGUUGAACAAAAGAAACACGAUGACAUGUCCAGUUUAAUGGAGCAUCCAACUAAGGAGUUUUUAGAAGAGAAGGCUGAUGUCCAGGGUUAUAAGUUGGUCGAACAGAAGGAUUAUGAUGAGAUGACUAAUCUUCUUGAACAUCCAACCAAUGAGUUCUUGAGCGCAAAAGCUGCUUUGGGAGGUUUCAAAUUAGUGGACCAAAAGGAGUUUGAUGACAUGGCAACCUUGGUGGACAGUCCUUCCACUGAAUUCUUGACUGAAAAGGCUGCUACUCAAGGAUACAAAUUAGUUCAGCAGAAGGAGUUCGAUGAGAUGAGCGAGAUAGUAGAGAAUCCAUCAACCAAGUUCUUGACCCAGAAGGCUGCUUCUGCGGGCUUCAAAUUAGUUGACCAAAAAGAAUUCGAUGAUAUGGCCACUUUAGUGGAGAGUCCUACCACUGAAUUUUUGUCUGAGAGGGCAGCUGGUCAAGGCUUGAAGCUAGUUGAACAGCAGAGCUACGAUGAGAUGAUUAGCACUGUGAAAAAACCGUCGACAGAAUUCUUAAUUGAGAAGGCGCUUUCACAAGGUUAUACCUUAGUUCCGAAGAAAGAUUACGAUGAUAUGGUCACUCUUGUUGAGCAGCCUACCACUGAGUAUUUGACUGACAAGGCUAUGUCUCGAGGUUACGCUUUAGUUGAUAAGAAAGACUACGAUGAGAUGACAGUCGCGUUACAAGACCCAACCACAGAGUUCUUAACUGAAAAGGCGGUGUUGCAGGGUUAUACUUUGAUUCCAAAGAAAGAAUAUGAUGAGAUCACAGCCACCGUGGAGAAUCCUUCGAGGGAAUUUUUGGUUGAAAAAGCUGAGAAUAGUAAGUUGACCCUUAUUCCAGUGGAAGAAUUGGCAAAUCUCAAGAACCAAGUUGAAAAGCCGUCAUUACAGUACCUCCAGGAGAAAACCCUCGAUCACAACCGAACCCUCGUCCCCACUUCAGAAUACAAGUCAUUGCUUGCCACUAUUGAUGAGCCUGAUGAUGAGUACCUAAAGCAAAAGGCAGCAUCCAAGGACUUGUAUAUUGUUCCAAGGGCGGAGUACAACAGCUUGACUGAGAACUUGGAAAAGCCUAACAUUGACUAUGUGAAAGAAAAAGCUAGGGGUCACAACCAUGCCGCAAUUCCGAAUGCGGAACUAAAGAAAAUGCAAGAUACAGUUGCUGCCCCAUCGCUCGAGUUCUUGAGAGAAAAGUCCCAAACUCUUGGUUUCCAAGUGGUGGAAACGUCUGAAUUUGAGCGCUUGAAGGAUCGUGAUAACAGAACAAUUGAGCAAUUGGCAUCCGAAACAGGACAGGUGGUAAUUGACGGUGAAAAACUCCGUCACUUGCAGGAAGAGGUUGAAAAUCCAUCGCUUAAUUUCCUAAGCGAGCAUGCUCGCGCGUUAGGAUGCAUAUUGGUUCCUGAAAUUGAGUAUAAUUCUACCGUGAAACAGGCGCAGGAACCUUCAGUUGACCAUAUAACGGAAAAAGCAAGUCAGCUCGGAUAUUCCAUUUUGUCACAUUCUGCCCAUGAAUCUUACCUUGAACCGCUCGAGAAGAAAAUCACACAGGCAGGAUUGAUCGCUUUAACCAAAGAAGACCACCAGAAAUUAUUAAGUCUGAUUGAAUCCCCAAGCCUUGACUACUUGAACAAAAAGGCUGCUGAGCAAGGCCAAUUGAUGAUCUUCAAAGACAAGUUUGAAGCUCUUCGCAGAAAGGCUGCCCAGCAUGAUGAGGCAAAUGCCGCAGGCAUGGUUUCGAUUGCAAGACCUCAGUUCGAUGAAUUACAGACCAAGAGCGUGGAGUUCAGUGACUUCAAAAAGAGACUUGAUGAACCAUCUCUCGAGUAUAUCCAAGAUUCUGCCGACAAGUUGAGUCUUGUCGUGUUGUCGCGUCCUGAUUAUGACAAACUCAAAGAGAGCCUGGAGCAGUCCAUUUUUGACAGAGCUGCCAGCUUGUCAAUGGUUGCUAUUCCUGCUGAGGAGUUCAACGUGUUGAAAGCUAACGCAGAGAAAACCCUUGAGGCAAGAGCAGCUGAGGAGAAUAUGGCUCUUUGUAAUCCAGCGCAACUAGACCAGUUGAAGAGAGAAUAUGCCUCACCAUCAUUUGACAAAAUCAAACAAGUGGCAAACGCAAAGGGUUACACAUUGAUCGCUGCCUCGGAACUCGAAGAGCUACGUAACCAAGCUUCUCAGCCUAUUGAAUCGAAGGCUGCCUCUCUUGGAGUGGCAUUGAUUCCCGUCUCUCAGUACGAAAGUAUGAAGCUCAUGAUGGACAAUCCUUCGACUCAGUAUCUUGAGUCAAAGGCAGCUGCUAAGAAGAAGGUCAUUAUCGAUGAAUCCUUGUACGAAGAGUUGAAGAAUGACCGUUCUCUCAGCAUAGAAGACAGAGCAACGAACGCAGGUCUUGUUGUGCUCCCAGUUGAAGAAUAUGCUGACUUGCACUCCAAGGCCACAGAGCCAUCCACCAAGCAUUUGCAGAAAUCUGCUGCAGCUCUCGGCUACAGUAUUAUUCCAAUAGCUGAAUUGAGUACACUCACAAAGCAAGCCAACAGAACUUUGGAUGAUCAUAUUCAGGGCACAAAUCUCAAGACAGUUGAUGCAAAAGAGUAUAACUCAUUGCUCUUGAAGGCCAACAAGCCUUCGAUCCAGCAAAUCACUGCUCUUGCAGAGAAAAAUGGCUUGGCCGUUGUGCCAAAAGAAGAACUUCUGGCAUUGCAAAACGAUGCAGCUGAGUCUCUUGAAACCAAAGCACGUCUAAGGGGAAUGGUUCUCGUCCAUACCGACGAAUAUGAAUCCCUUUUGGCUCAGCUUGAUAAGCCUUCUGCCUCUCACUUGAAGGAGAAGGCGCUAGUGGCCGGCCUCUGUGUCCUUACCGCGUCUGAAUAUGAACAACUCAAGGACAAUAAGCAGGCAGACAUUUAUGAUCUUGCAAAGGAAGAAGGGCUUGUUGUUGUUGAGGCUGGAGAAUACAAGGCACUUGUGGAUGACUUGGCGAAUGCCAAACGUGAUGCAUUAACUCUUGACGAUGCAGAUAAGUUAGAUCUGGUCAAGAGUAAGCUCAGAGAUGGUGGAUUCGAGGUCAUGACAAAAGAGAAGUACGCAUUCAUGAAUACUAGCUCGGCUAUCGACCCGGAGAAACUUACUGAGGCUGCUGAAAAGAAGGGAAUGAUUGUUAUGUCUGAAGAUGCUCCUUCUCAAGGUGAUAUUCAGAGAAUUGUCACAUUAUUGGAAAACAGAGGUUACAGUGUUGUUGACAAGAGCGAAGUCCAAGGUGGAUUUGCUGAUGCUGCAGAGGAAUUCCACUUGAAUUCUGAGGAAUUGGCGAAGAGCGCUGACAGAUUAGGAAUGGUUGCUCUUGACAAGAAGACAUACGCCGACUUAGUAGCAGGAUCUGCUCCCCAAGAUCAUGAGUCUUUAAAGACUGCUGCAACUGCCCUUGCGAUGUCGGUAGUGCCCAAUGUUGAACUCAUGAAAAUGAAGCAAAGUUUGGCUGAGAGCAAUGCGACAAUUUUCAACUUGAAAAAGAAGACACCCAAUGCGGAAAUGACGAGAGAAACUCUUCUCCAGAAGCUGAGAUCACUUGGACUCAUCACCCUUGACAAGAAGGAGUAUCAGGCGCUCAAAGAUCAGAAUGCGAAGAGUGUGUCAUCGGGAGUUAUGACCGAAGAAGAUGUUAGAGCUAGGGCGGGAGAUUUGGGUCUUUCUGUUGUUAAGGCUUCAGAACUCAAUGCAUUGAAGCGCUCGUCUCUUGUGUUUGAGGAUAAAAAGAUGUUUAGAACUGCAGCAAAGAAGUUUGGAUGGCUCUGUGUCCCUGAAACUGCGUUUAUUCCAACUACAGUCCAGAGGCAAGCCGAUCCAGACAAGGUGACGUUGGUUCCAACCACAUAUUAUAACAAGUUGUACCAGAGUGAUAGCUUGAAUAUUGAGAAAGUUACCGAUGAUGUUUUCAGGCAGUAUGCACAGAAGAGAGGCUACAGACUGGAGGUCGACUCUGCGGAGCUCAGGACUCCAAUGGUCCCUCCAGAUGCAGAUAUCGAUUCGUUGAACCUCUCGCCAGUGAGCGCAGACAAGGUGACUCCAUUGACGAACCAAUUUGCACCAAAGGUUCCAAGGUCUCAGUCCACAACAUCACAUCUCUCCACGCAAUCCAAGGGAGGCAGUCUAAUGAACUCCAUCACAGGCAUGUCGAUUGCUACUAACAUUUCGUUCACAGACAGAUCGAUGAUCCCAGCCAUCACACAAGUGGUGAUUGGAGAGUACUUGUUCAAGUACUACCGUAAGCUUGGCCCAUUCAGCUCUAUUUCCGCUGAUCGUCACGAGCGUUACUUUUGGGUGCAUCCAUAUUCGUUGACGCUCUACUGGUCUUCGUCUAACCCUGUGUUAGCUAACCCAGCAGAUGUGAAGACCAAGGCGGUAGCUAUCCUUAGCGUGGAAAGUGUGGAUGACAACAACCCACUCCCCACGGGACUUUAUCACAAGUCGAUUGUGAUUCACUCUCAAACCAAGACUGUAAAGUUCACGUGUCCAACUAGACAAAGACACAACAUCUGGUACAAUGCAUUGCGGUACAUGGUGAACCGCAGUAUCCAUGAGCUCGACUUCGGACGUGGAGCCAAUGCGUCGUACCCACACAACCGCACUCCGCCUGAUGAUGAUGUUCCUGAGUUGGACUUUGAGUCAUCAACGAGACAUGCCUUCCCCAGAUCAUCCACGGUGCUGCGCAGUUCUUCGAACAGAAGAUUCAAUAGUCUCAAGCCAUAG